AUUCCUAAAUUCCAGCCAAAAAAAUCUCUCCAAUCAGGCUUGCGCGCUAAAAACGUGCGACCCUGUUAGGAAGAAAAACCAAGUAUUAGUCCGCAUAAUCAAAGCGACAUCAUCAUUAUUCAAUUAGCACAAACACAAGCUUUACGCCGGCGAAAAUUCCCUCCCACCGGAGAACUCGCCGGAGAACAACUACUGACUCUGUGUGUGUAAGAAAGAAAGGUCUCCGUUGCCGUAGAGUAAUGGGUUGGCUAUGUUUGAGAACUGGAACACUAAGAUGAGCGUACGCAAGGAAAGAAUAAGAGGCCAUGGAUGAGGUUCCUGGCUCAGUGGGGACCAGCGCCAGCUUCUCUUUGAGAUUGGGCCAGACCAUAUUUUCCUCUGCCUCUCUUCUUUUCAUGUCUUUGGGCGUUGAUUUCUACAGCUACACUGCUUUCUGCUACUUGGUGACAACCAUGGGUUUGGUUAUACCUUGGAGUUUCACUUUGGCCUUGGUGGAUGGAUACUCUGUUCUGGUUAAAUGCCCUAUUCGGCAGCCGGGAAUACUGCUGAUCAUUGUUGUAGGAGAUUGGGUAUUGUCCAUUCUCACUCUGGCUGCAGCUUCCUCAACAGCUAGUGUUGUGGACCUUCUGCUCAACUCUAAUGGGUCAAAUUGUCCUCCGAAGCUUUGCAGCAGAUAUAAUAUAUCAUCUGCCAUGGCUAUCUUGUCAUGGUUUCUGUCCUUGGCUUCUGCUCUAUUCAAUCUUUGGUUACUUCCCUCCUUGUGAUUCUUAUUUGGAUUUUGGCUAUAUCCUAUGUUACAGAAUUUUGUGGCCAGGAUCUGAAUCUUGUACAUUAAUAGUGUUCAAAUUUUAAUAUAUGAAGGCUUUCAGUCACACAAAUACAAAAUUGUAAAAUGUUGUUUGUUGUUAGAAUAUAAUUUAAAUGAUUAAACCUACAAUUUCUUAUUAGUUUAAACUUUUGUGAUAAAUGAGUUUAAAUAUUGUCUUCAUCAUUCACUCCCAUUUAAGUUAAAAAUUUCACGUUUUAGGUCUUUCUUGUUGAAGGAAUUGUUAGAAUAUAAUUUAAAUGGUUAUCCGCCAUCAAACGACAUUGUAGAAUCAACCUCACUACAUAAUUUUGCAAAAGCAUACUGAUCACAUGCAGAAUCCACACAAAAAGA